AUGUCGAAGAAGAAUAACCGCAAGGCAAAUCAUAAAAGGCUUCAGCACCUUAUAUUAAAGGAGAAAGAAGACGAGAAAAAAAGAGAAGAAAAAAAAAAGAGGAAAGACGGACUUAGACAGCUAACAAACCUCCUUGGAUCUAUCGAUAUCGCUAAGGGCUCUAAGGAGGGCUCAGAAGAAGCAGGGUCCCCCUCGGGGGCCCCCCAGGGGGCCCCCACGGGGGCCCCUAGGACGAAUGCAACAAUACAUAGUAAAAUGCGUACCUUAUCAUCAAAACGGCAGAGUGACGAUAUGGAUACAGACGGUCCCCUCAGCAGCAGCAGCAGCAGCAGCAGCAGCAGCAGCAGGAGGAAAGGGGCCACCGUUAUUACUCCAAUGGAGCUCUAA